ACGGGUAUCUACGCCAAUGGUGGCAUGUUGACUUCACCGCCGUCGACGUGCGCAGUCUCAUGAUGAAGCGCAAGAAAGAUGACCAGGACGAGCGCAACGAGGCCGUGCAAGACCAUUGCGUCACCAAUCCACAUGUGCCCCCUCGACGCGUCUGGGAUCUGUACAGCAACCGUGUACUCCCUUUCUUUGCUCUGCCCGAGCGACUCAGAAACAGUACGGGCGACGUUAGGACCCUCGACCGUCUUUGGGCAAUCUCGCAUAGCUGGGUCGACGAAGAGGACCGUCAGACGGUGGAUACGGCGAUUAACGGGAGGCAGUGGGGAGUGCCUUUCCCGCGCCGAACGAGCCUCUCUAACGUGCGCAUCGAGUUGUUGAAUCUUGGCGCUGAAUACGUCUGGCUGGAUGUCCUGUGCCUCAGGCAAGCCGACGAGAGCAAGGAUUCCGGGUCGAACACGCGCACCAACGAGUGGAAGCUGGACGUGCCCACCAUAGGCAACAUCUACAGCGCACCGUCCAGGAUCUGCGUCAUUUAUUUUAACGGGCUCGGGCUGUCCCUAUCUGUAUCCCCGGACCUGCUGAAAUCGGACCGGCACUGGUUCAACCGCGUCUGGACGCUCCAAGAGCUCUGCGACUGCUGGCUGCCCGGCGGCCUGACCGGGAGCUCGACCGUGUACGAAGGCACCCUCUUCACGCGGCUCAAGAAGUUGCGCAAGACGAUAGAGGACGCCAAGUAUGACGCCAAGAAGCUGUGGCCAAUCAUCCGGGAGCGCCACUGCACGAACGACGUAGACCGGAUCGCGGGCCUCACGUACCUGACCCCCCACUCAACCCUACCUGUGUACGUCGAGAAGCUAAACUUGCUGCUCAAGAAUCUUCGCCCCGAAUUCUUGACCUGGCUAUUUCUUGGCUGUCCCCACGACCUAGGGGACCUCAGCGAGGGGGAAAAGCUGCAGCUGGUAAACCGGGAGCAGCUUUACACUGAUAGUCCGGGAAGCUUUUCCCAAACCGUUUACAUGCUGAGACCGUGUCGCAUCUUAUCCUCGUCGAACAAAGCGGCUAGGCGCGAAUGGCAGGGGGAAGAAGAAACUGUAGAGCUAUGGUUUCCUCCGAAUACUUUUGCCCGAGUCAAGAUCACCGUGUGGGGAGUGGUCAGGCCAGACGUAACGUAUUCCUUCUUGGGUCUAGGCGAUCUCCGCUACUGGAUCCUGACUACCGGAGCACCCGAGGGCGAACGCGAUGGAAGACUGCGCGUGGUUGAAUGGGGAAUAGCUCAUAUGGAGGCUCAACAAGCUCAAAGACUUGUCGCUCGAGGCUUGGGUCGCAGUAAGACCGAGGUAGUGUACGACCAAAAGUUACGAAGCGAUGGAGAGAGCGACCCCCAGGUCAGGUCUCUGCGAGAUCUCAAAGGCAGGCGCAGUAGUGUGCAAAGGCUUCUCGAGGGAAUGCCUCUUGAUCUGUGGUAAUAGCGCGGCAUGUAGCGUUCGAGUUCACGGCUUGAAAACAUGGUAAAUGCGUGCGUGCUUGAGCAGGGUCUUUCCAUACACCUUUCGGUCUUCCCGCCAUUCAUACGCGUUCCCAGAUCCUCAAUAAAAUGAGAUGAAAUAAAAUUUAAAUAACAAUAGCUGCUAAUCAUAAGUAGCCCACAUUGUACAUUCAUUAUUACUACCAAAAUCAAGUAGAGCGAAGCUGCAAGU